AUGAAACAUUCUUAUCAACCUCUUAGCGAGGACACAAAAGCACCAGAAAACUGUGAACACGAAGAAAUGUUCAAUUUCAAUCCUUUUGCUGAACCACCAUUGACAAAUAAUUCAUCUGAGCAAACACCAUCCAGAUCUUCUUUUGGUGAAGAUUCAAACAUCAACGGAGAAGAAGAACAGCAAGAAGAGGGAGAAACAAAUGACCCCAAAGUUGAUCAGAGGAGGAAGAAGAAAGAAGAAGGAGUUUCUUUUUGUUUAACUAUAGCCGCAAUUUUGGUAUUUGUAUCUUACAAGUUGAUUAAGAUUGGGAAUACUGGGGCCCAAUUGGCAGGUGUCACUGGUUUCAAUACUUCCAUAUUUUUGAUUCUUGUUGCUAUAUUUAUGGUAAUGAAUGAUGAAGCAGCAUUUGGUAAAUUAAAGUUUUGGAAAGCCGUGGGAUUAAUAGGGUUGAUUAUGCUGCUUAUUGAGUUUAUUUCUGUGUUUUUCAUGACGCUUAUUGUUGUUCAGACAUAG